CUGGACAAACAACACGCUCUGAAAAACUUCUGCAGUAAGAUAUCAAACAAUGAGAGUAACUUUGACGGUUUUUGUACUUCUCAUCCAAACAAUGCACUGUUUGGCCUCAGAUGAUUCAGAAUUUCAGCUUUCCAACAAGGCCACUGGUUUCUGUUUGGUUGCACCAUAUGGCGACUGUACGGAUGAGCCUUUGUGCUGGACAACUAAUGGUCGACUUCUGUCUUGGUACAAGAAAAAAUGUCUGGGGGCCCAGGGGGCGAAUGUGGGAAGUUCAAUAACUGAAUAUGACUGUGAUGAAAACAGUCCACUGCAACAAUGGGAAUGCAAGAAUGAAACAGUGCUCGCUCUUAAAGGUCACGAGCUUUACAUUGAGCUCACUGCAGAUAAUGCAGCAGUUCUCUCUAGCACUAUAGGACCUAAUACCCACCUCACCAUUCCAGGGACAUCCAUUGGCCCUUGCACAAAAAAGCCCAGAGAACUUUACACCAUUGGAGGAAAUUCAUUUGGAAGGCCCUGUAUGUUCCCUUUCUUCUACAACAACAGAUGGUACGCUGACUGCACUACUGAGGGUUCCUCAACAGGUAGACCCUGGUGUGCAGUUGAAACCAAAUUUGAUCAUGCACUCUGGGGCAACUGCCCAACAACAGCUAAAGAGGACUGGAUUAAACAUCCGACAACUGGAGCGCUCUAUCAGCUGAACACAGAGUCAGCUCUGACAUGGACCCAGGCUGAUGUCAGCUGUAAACAGCAGGGUGCCUCCCUACUCAGUAUCUCUGAUCCUCACGAGUACGCUUAUAUCACUGCGCAUUUAGGGUCAGGGUCACAGCGCAGUGGACAAGGAGAAAGGCUUUGGAUUGGACUAGUCCUGGAUCCAGAACAUGGUUGGCAGUGGUCUAAUGGGAGACCCUACAGUUAUCUCAAAUGGGACUCAGGACAUCCAGUUUCCACCCCAGGUCACAGCUGUGCUAUUAUUAAUGAUGCUGUACAGGACUCCUGGCAAAGUUCACUUUGCAAUAAGAAACUAGGAUACAUCUGUUACAGUAAGGGGGUCACAGAACCUCCUACUGCAGCUCCAGAGGCGGGACACUGUUCGAGCCCGUGGAUUCCUUACAGCGGUCACUGCUUCUACCUUAAUCGUAUUAAGAAAACCUGGACUGAUGCUCAGAGAGAGUGCCGCAAAGAGGGAGGAGACCUGGCAAGCAUCCGCAAUGUGGAGGACCAAAGCUUCAUGAUCUCUCAACUUGGUUAUGAGUCUACUGAUGAGCUUUGGAUUGGACUGAAUGACAGGAGGACAGAGGGACUGUUUGAGUGGAGUGAUCACUCUGUUGUCCAUUUCACCAGCUGGACUUAUGGUGAACUUUAUGACUCCGCUAAUGCAGAAGACUGUGUUCUCAUCAAAGGAGAGAAUGGAAACUGGGCUGACCGUAGGUGUGAGGAAAGACAUGGCUUCAUCUGUAUGAAGAGCAGCGCCUCCGAACCCUCUGAAGAUGAAGUGGAACAGAACAUAGGCUGUAAAACGGGGUGGAGGAGACAUGGCUCCUACUGUUACUUUGUAGGGACAGAGACCAAAACAUUUGAUGAUGCUAAAGAGGACUGCAAGGCCUCAGGGUCCUAUCUGGCUGAUGUCUCAAACGGAGUGGAUAAUGCAUUCCUUGUGAGCCUGGUGGGAGCAAGACCAGAGAAAUACUUCUGGCUCGGUCUCUCCAACCAGAAACACAUUGACAUAUUUGUGUGGAUGAACACAGACACUGUGAGGUAUACCCACUGGAAUACUGGAAUGCCAGGUCACCGACAGGGCUGUGUUGCCAUGAUGUCUGGGCUUCAUGCCGGGCUAUGGGAUGUGCUGCCCUGCACAAAUAGGACAAAAUACAUCUGUAAACAUCUGGCAGAGGGGGCUGUUGCAACGCCGGCACCCACAGUCGUUCCACUCCCAGCAUGUGCACAAGGCUGGAAGCGAGUGGGUUCAAGACAACACUGCUACAAGAUGUUUGAGGGUGAAUCUUACACCAAGAGGACGUGGUAUGAAGCAAGAGAUUUCUGCAGAACCAUCGGAGGAGACCUGCUGAGCAUCCACAGCUCUAAUGAGAUACGAGCGGAAUAUACAUAUGGAUCAUUCUGGAUUGGACUCAGCGCACCUGACCCAGUCACUGGUUUUGUAUGGAGUGAUGGAUCCCCGGUAAACUUCCAACACUGGCAGUCUGGAGAGCCAAACAAUAAAAAUAAUGUAGAAUCUUGUGUAGAAUUCUUUGUGCAUCAAGCAGACUGGAGUGGGUCUUGGAACGAUGUUCAAUGUGAAAAGCAGAUUGGAUGGAUGUGUCAGAUUCAGGCAGGUGUGACACCAAAACCACCUCCAGGCAAUGUUGUUAAAUUCAAUACAACCUCAGAUGGGUGGAUCGAAUGGAAUGAGAAUCAGUACUUGAUCAACCAAGAACUAAUGGUCAAUGAAGAAGCUCGUCACUUCUGCCAGCAGAGGCACGGCGACUUGGUAUCCAUCGAAAGUGAAGCUGAAAAUAUCUUUUUAUGGCAACAGAUACAAAGCAGUUCUACAUCUUUCUGGUUAGGUGCGACUGUGGAUGUUGAUGCAUCAUUUGAAUGGAUGGAUGGUUCUCAAGCCCUUUUUCAAAGGUGGGAUGAAGGUCAGCCUGCUUUGAAGAAUUUUGAUGAGAACUGUGGUGUCAUGACAACUUCUAUGGGGUUCUGGCAUGCCUUCAGUUGUGGGUUAGAGUUCGGGUCCAUUUGCAAACGCCGUGGUUUGGUGCAUGCCAACACCACUGCAGCACCCACAGUUCCCCCUGAAGGUGGCUGCCCAUCCCCGUGGAAAAAAUUUAAAUCAAAGUGUUACAACAUCAUUGACAAUGAGGCAUCUACAUGGGACCAAGCACGUAAACAAUGCAAAUGGAUGAACGGAAAAUUGGUUUCUAUACCCUCAAGACAUGUGGAAGUGUUUCUGAUUAAUCAAAUAAUGGCAAAACCUACCACCAACUUCUGGACUGGUCUAAAUAGUUUUGAAGGAGGUACAUAUUACUGGACAGAUGGGAGCAAGAGGUCUUACAUAAACCCAGAUUUAAUGAGGAAAAUCAAAGAGAUUCCAUUUGAGUUGAGAUGGAUGCACACCUUUAGAACAAUGGGCACCUGGGGGCCAUUUGACAUACAGAAUAAAUGUGUUGCUUUAAGUAACAGUCCUAAUGGCAGUGGGAUAUGGAAAGUAACGUCGUGCAAUGACACAAAUGGAUUUAUUUGUCAUCGAAAUGUUGACCCAUCUUUGAAAGACAUCCCUGAUCCAACAAGUCCUACUGACUACAUCAAAAUAUUUAAUGACUCGGUAAAGGUCGUGACCCAAAAAAUGAACUGGGAUGCUGCCAAGAAGCACUGUCUACUUGACGGUGCCAAGCUGGCUAGUCUACGAAAUGUGUGGACACAGGCCUAUGCUGAUCUGCAGGCUAUGAAUCUAAAGGCUCCACUGUGGAUUGGACUGAACAAAGACGAGAACAACGGCUACUUCCAAUAUACUGAUGGCUGGCAUUUGAAUGAUGCAAAAUGGGAUGUAGGAGAACCAAGCAGAGACAGACCGUGUGUGUUUGUGGAUGUGAAUGGACAAUGGAAGACCGCUCACUGCAACGAAACCAUGAACAGCCUUUGUCUGAAGUCCACAGAUGAACCACCACCAGAGAUCAAAGAUUUCCCAGGCGUAUGCCCUGAUAACCAACAAGGGGGGGACAUUUACUGGCAACCAUUUAAGGGUUACUGUUAUAAAUUCUUCACAGAGGAGACUGACUGGAUCCAUGCAUCUGCUAGCUGCAUCAGACAUGAUGCAAAACUACUCAGCAUUGAAGAUCCCUCUGAGCAAGAUUUCAUCUUCAACAGUAUCAAAAUGUUGGAUGAUUCUGCCCACACUGUUUGGAUCGGACUGAUAAGGAGUAAAAAAGGAGCGUGGUUAUGGUCGGACGGUACAGUAAUGGACUACACUAACUGGGGUGAAGGACAACCCAGUGAAUACAACAAUGCAGUGAUUGUACUUUCAGAUGGGAAAUGGAGGAGUGCCUUCCACUGGUUUAAUAAACCAUACAUCUGCAAAACACGCAAAGUGUUAAUACCAAAGCCAUCGCCUUCAACCACACAUGAGAAUCCUGUUCUUCGCCGCAGUCAUAUAGCUCUGGCAGCUGUCAUCGUUAUUACUGGGAUAGUGAUGGGGAUAUUCAUCGCCCUCUUCAUCUUCAAGAAAUCUGGUCAUCGCUUACCGAUCCCUGAGAAGUUAACCACAUUUGACAACCCACUCUUUUCAAGCAACAAGCAGUCAGAGCCGAACGUGGCUGAUACCAGUAAACUGGUAGACAAUGCAGAGGAAGACAACCAUCAGCCCAUUAUGACUAUAUGAAUGAAAAGGGGAGAACAGAAUCCAGUGGGGCACACCGAAUGAAUGAAUGAAUAAAUGAAUGAAUGAAUGAAUUUAUUUUUGGUUUUACAUCAAUCCUUGUAAUCAGUACAUUAAUUGUAAUAAACAUAAAAACCAAAAAAGGAAUAGGCUAG